AGGAAACACUGCGACGCAAGGAGGGAUCCCAGCAUCUCACUUCCAUGGCUGUCUUUCUGCUGAAGUAAAUAUCCACAUCAGUUUCCAGAUCAGCACUGCUCCUCUAGUCUGCCAAUAUGAACUACCUGCGCCGGCGUCUGUCUGACAGCACCUUCAUCUCCAACCUGCCCAAUGGCUACAUGUCAGACCUGCAGAAACCAGAUCCUCCUCAGCCUCCCCCUCCAGGACCAGCCCCAGUUCCAGCGCCAGCCUCAGGACCAGCUCCGGUGUCCCCGCGCCAGGAGAGGAAACCCAUCCAGCCCCAGCCGGGCUUAGGGACAGGCUUUUUCAGCUCCAUCACGAAUGUGGUCAAGCAGACGGCAGCCUCGGCCGGGCUGGUGGAGCAAACCUCCGUCCCCGCAUCAUCCAAAAGACUCAAGAUCCUGCUGGUUAUUGACGAGCCUCAGCACGACUGGGCAAAACUCUUCAGGGGAAAAAAACUGAAUGGAGAUUAUGAUAUUAAAGUCGAACAGGCCGAGUUUGGUGACAUCAGUAUUGUGGCUCAUGCAAAUGGAUCAUGUAAUGUGGCUGUGCAGGUUUUGCAGAAUGAAAACAAGGUUCUGAGGUCAUUUAAGCCUGACUUUGUCCUGAUCCGGCAACAUGCAUUCAGCAUGACAGAGAAUGAGGAUUUCCGUAACUUAAUCAUCGGCCUGCAGUACGCUGGUAUUCCCAGCAUCAACUCUCUGGAGUCUGUCUACAACCUCUGUGACAAACCCUGGGCAUUUGCAUGUCUGAUCAAUACAUACAAGAAACUUGGCCAGGAGAAAUUCCCAUUAAUUGAACAGACGUUCUAUCCCAACUAUAAAGAAAUGGUGACCAUGCCAGCAUUUCCUGUUGUCGUGAAAAUUGGACACGCUCACUCUGGUGUGGGGAAGGUGAAAGUGGAGAACCACACUAAGUUUCAGGACAUAGCUAGUGUGGUGGCCAUCACUCAGACAUACAGCACAUGCGAGCCUUUCAUCGAACCCAAAUAUGAUAUCAGGAUUCAGAAAAUCGGAAAUGAUUACAAAGCGUACAUGAGGACGUCAGUCUCAGGUAGUUGGAAGUCCAACACAGGCACUGCCAUGGUGGAACAGGUGGCAAUGACAGACAGGUACAAGCUGUGGGUGGACACCUGCUGUGAAAUAUUUGGAGGACUUGAAAUUUGUGCUGUUAAAGCUAUUAGUGGAAAAGAUGGAAAAGACUACAUUACUGAGGUAAUGGGUUCAUCCAUGCCAUUAAUGGGGGAACAUCAGGCUGAAGACCAGCAGCUAAUAGCAGACAUGGUCAUUGCCAAAAUGAAUCAUGUCAUGGCACAAAAUCCCAAAAGACCAACUGCUAUUCAACCAAAACAGAUUACAGUAGAGAACAAUACUUUGGUCGAAGUUAAGAACGCUCCACCACAGAAAGCUCCUCCUCAAGGUUGUUUGCAGUACAUCCUUGACUGUAAUGGUGUUGCAGUGGGACCAAAACUGGUGCAGGCAAACUAACAUAGCCAUUGAAUGCUUAUAGCAUUCACGCUCCUGACAGGCUGCGUUGAAGCCUGGGGUUACCUGAGGUGCGAGGGAACAAAUUAAAGUUUGGGCCUGACCUGUAUUUCAGUCUGUACUGUGUAACUUUCACUGUUGUGAGCUUGUGGUGGUUGCUUUUGUUUCUAUGUGAAGCGGUUGUCUCUUCAGGGUUGUUGUGUUUGGUGAUACAGCAGAUUGUGCCUAAUGUUCAGUGCCACUUUCCCAUCUACUUUAUAUACAAAUAUUUUUUUGUUGUCUUAUGUCUGUUUCUGUAAAUGGUGUUCAAGGGUUACAGUAUAAGUGUGAAUGCAUAUAUAUAUAUAUGAAAGUAUGGAGAUUCUAAAACAUAAAUGAACACUACUUUAAUUGCAUGAUCAAAUGUCGUGUGUCAUUGUGCGUUGAAUGGUGAGAUGUGUAUUUACUUUUGUGACAUCACUGUCGAACAUAAUAGAUCCCAUUCAAGCACUUCUGUUAUUGUUAAUGUGUUCUAAAAUGGUGAGAUGUAUUUGCUACUAUGAACGAAAGCUAUAUUACAGGUCAUCAAUAAUUCUUUUCUUGUUAACGAUAAUAUAGCAGAAUUGCUAAUUAAAUAAACCAUGAGCAAUAAAAUAAAACUGAACAAA